AUGCUGCCAGAAUCUUUGCUCUUCACAACUCUCUCCAUUUUCUCGUACCAAAGCUUUGCUUCAUCCACUUCUUUAACAAGUCUGGUUCCAAGAUUUUCCGACUUAUCCAAACUCUCGCAACCAAUCUCGAAUCUCCGAGUUGAUCGACACAAACGACAGUGUGACGAUAGCGGCUGUGCCCCACCUCCAAUUUGCUUUUUUUGUCCAGUCUGCUGUGGAGCCCCAAAGCCACCCCCACCCCCACCUUGCUGCAUGUCUCCGAAUCCAGUCCCCCCAUGUCCUUGUGCCCCACCCACCCCACCUCCACCACCAUGUUGUGCAGCUCCAAACCCUCCACCAAAUUGUCCAUGCUCGUCACCUCUUGUACAAACAGUGAUCUGUUGCAAAUCUGCUCCAUCGCCAGCCAAUCCAUGUUGCCAGGCUUUGGCCCCAUCCCCGCCACCACCUCCACCAUGCUGUAUGAUGGCCCCUUCACCAGCUAACCCAUGCUGCCAACCAGCUCCACCACCGCCUUGCACAUGCCAAGCUCCCCGCCCAGUCCCUUGCCGAUGUGCAGCGCCAGUGAUGGAUUGCCCGACUUGUCCACCAUCUCCGCCAAGAUGUCCCGUCGCUAUUCAGUGCCGAAUCGGCUUCCGAAUGAGACGAGAUGUUCAUCAUUCGGUUCUCAAAAUGCUCCAUCACUUC